AUGGCCAACAACUCGUUUCGCGACUCUGUGAACUCUCUGGGGUGGUCGCGCAGAGACCCGGAUUUCCCCGUUCGUACGAGUGCUUCUUCCGAUACCCCAUUCUUCUCGCGCCUGCAGUCUUUCAAUCCAUUUGGCCAGGGUGGCUAUGUCCAACUACCCACUCACAAUGAUGGACCAGGCGCGCCCUUGCCAGCAGCCACUCGCCGGGAGGAGGAAGAAGGUUUCUUCGCCUUGAGUCGUUGGGAUCGGAUGCUCAUUUUCGGUGCCUGUAAUCUGGGUGCUGCUGUCUGCUUCCUAAUCUGUUUCUUCCUUUUCCCUGCUCUUUCGCUCAAGCCCCGCAAAUUCGCCGUAUUAUGGUCUGUCGGCUCAAGCCUGUUUUUGCUAUCAUGGGCGGUCCUCAUGGGACCGUGGACUUACGUUAAACAUUUGGUCUCGGGACCACGUUUGCCCUUCACUGCGGCCUAUUUCGGAUCCAUCGCCCUCACACUCUACUUCGCUAUCGGGCGCCAAAACUUCUUCCUUACGCUCAUAUCCUCCAUUUUCCAACUGGCUGCCUUGGUCUGGUACCUUGUCAGCUACUUCCCUAUGGGCACAACAGGUCUUUCAUACAUGAGUCGCUUCGGUGUGUCUCGUGUAUCUGCCUGGAUGAGUGGAUAG